ACACAACAUCCCUCCCCAAAGACGUGCGACUAGUAAGAACUGUCAUUCUUUGUCGCUGCAGGCAUGGACAUGAACCUGCCAUCCGCGACACGCACGUAUGCAGCUUCCGGGCAAGGAAAACUAUCCGAGCGGUUUUCCCACAAGCCGCGGCGAGGUGUGCCACCGCUUGCAGGGAGCCACUAGCAAUCUGGAGGACGUCAAAACGCAGACCAAAACGACAGAACACGCUGCGCCCAUGAGGCGCUCUUCCACUCUAACAACCAUCUUCGAGAAGAGAGAAGUGCUUGUAAAACCGAACACAACAAAAGUAUGGAUAUGGGAAACCAACAUCCUGCUAUCAGUAGGCUUCAGGAAAUCCAAAAGGAAGUAAAAAGCAUAGAACAGCAAGUAAUUGGCUUCAGUGGUCUGUCAGAUGACAAGAAUUACAAGAAACUGGAGAGGUUUCUAACGAAACAACUUUUUGAAAUAGAUUCUGUGGAUACUGAAGGAAAAGGAGAUAUUCAGCAAGCGAGGAAGAGGGCGGCCCAAGAAACAGAGCGUCUUCUCAAAGAGCUGGAGCAGAACGCAAACCACCCCCACCGGAUCGAAAUAGAGAACAUCUUUAAAGAAGCCCAGUCCCUGGUGAAGGAGAAGAUUGUGCCCUUUUACAGUGGGGGCAACUGUGUGACUGACGAAUUUGAAGAAGGCAUCCAGGAUAUCAUCCUGAGGCUGACACACGUCAAAACGGGAGGGAAGAUCUCCUUGCGGAAAGCGAGGUAUCACACUUUAACCAAAAUAUGUGCGGUGCAGGAGAUCAUUGAAGACUGCGUGAAGAAGCAGCCUUCUCUGCCGCUCUCCGAGGACGCCCAUCCUUCCGUUGCCAAAAUCAACUCGGUGAUGUGUGAGGUGAACAAGGCCAGGGGCACCCUGAUCGCACUGCUCAUGGGAGUGAACAGUAACGAGACCUGCAGGCACCUAUCCUGUGUGCUCUCGGGCCUGAUCGCGGACCUGGACGCGCUGGACGUGUGCGGGCGGACGGAAAUCAGGAACUACCGGCGCGAGGUGGUGGAAGAUAUCAACAAAUUACUGAAGUAUUUAGAUUUGGAAGAGGAAGCAGAUACUACUUACGCGUUCGACCUGGGACAGAAUCAUUCCAUUUUAAAAAUAGAAAAGGUCCUCAAGAGAAUGAGAGAAAUAAAAAAUGAACUUCUUCAAGCACAGAAUCCUCCCGACUUGUACCUGAGCUCCAAGAUGGAGUUGCAGGCUCUGAUCGGGCAGUUGGAUGAGGUCAGUCUCGAGAAAAACCCUUGCAUCCGGGAGGCUCGGAGGAGGGCGGUCAUUGAGGUGCAAACCUUGAUAACCUAUAUUGACCUGAAGGAGGCCCUGGAGAAGAGGAAGACGCUGGCUUGCGAGGAGCACCCAGCCCAUAAAGCGGUCUGGGACAUCCUGGGCAACUUGUCCGAGAUCCAGGGCGAAGUUCUCUCGUUUGAUGGGAACCGAACCGAUAAGAACUACAUCCGGCUAGAAGAGCUGCUCACGAAGCAGCUGCUGGCCCUGGACGCCGUGGACCCACAAGGAGAAGAGAGGUGUAAGGCCGCCAGGAAGCAGGCGGUGAAGCUCGCCCAGAACAUCCUCAGCUAUCUGGACCUGAAGUCCGACGAGUGGGAGUACUAGACGCUGCCGUCUCGCGGGUGGUACUUCCUGUUUUGCACUUUAUGUAUACUUCUACGUGUUUGUGGAGAGCUGUCAGUUCGCGGAGCCUAGAUGUGAUUUAUACAUGCAGAUUUCAGUCUCCGUUUUUAUGGUUUAAGCAAAUUAUAUUCAGUAUCUGCUGCUUUUGAUGUUGCGAAACAAAUGUCAUUACAGCACAUUAACUUUUCCAUUUGGA